AUGACCACACCAGCGGGCUCGGGCACUGGCUUCGGUUCUGUGUCUUGGUGGGGCCUGUCCCCGGCGGUUGACCUGCAGGCUGAGAGUCCUCCUGUGGACCCAGACUCACAGGCCGAUACAGAGCACGGGACCCCCGAGCUAAAUGUACUGCUGUUGGGCUCCGUGGAUGGGCGACACCUGCUACGGACCCUGACCCGGGCGGCUCUCUGGCCUCGAAGGAGGUUCCGUUUUUAUGUGCUGGAGAAUAAUAUGGAAGCUGUAGCCCGACACAUGCUGAUUUUCAGCCUAGCCCUGGAGGAUCCUGAGAAGAUGGGGUUGCAAGAGAGGAGCGAGACCUUCCUGGAGGUGUGGGGGAACGCGCUGCUGCGCCCCGCUGUGGCCGCCUUCGUGCGCGCCCAGGCCGGCCGCCUGGCUCGCCUCGUCCCGGAGCCCGAUCGCCUGGCGGAGCAGCUGCCCUGGCUCAGCCUGGGCGCCCUUAAGUUCCGCGAGCGCGACGCCCUGGAGGCCGUGUUCCGUUUCUGGGCCGGAGGGGAGAAGGGGCCCGAGGCUUUCCCCAUGAGCCGCCUGUGGGACUCGAGGCUGCGCCACUACCUGGGCUCCCGGUACGACGCCCGGCGCGGUGUCAGCGACUGGGACCUGCACAUGAAGCUGCACGAUCGCGGGGCCCGAGUCAUCCACACCAGUGAGUUCCGGCGCUGGAGGGACACAGGAGUCGCCUUUGAACUCAGAGACUCCAGCGCUUAUCACGUGCCCAACCGGACCCUGGCGUCCGGUCGCCUCCUGAGCCACCGCGGGGAGCGUGUAGCGGCGCGCGGGUACUGGGGGGACAUCGUCACGGGGCCCUUCGUGGCCUUCGGCAUCGAAGCGGACGACGAGACCCUCCUGAAGACCAGCAACGGUCAGCCUAUCAAGACCGCGGGCGAGAUCACGCAGCACAACGUGACGGAGCUGUUCCGAGAGAUGGCCGCCUGGAGGCGCCCGAGAGCCACCCAGGGAGACCCCGCGCAGGUGCAAGGCGACGCGGAUGGAAGCCCGGAGCCUGCAGCCCCUGUCCCGGAAUCCUUCACUGUCCACUUCCUGUCCCUCGGUUCUGCCCAGACCCUCCACCACAAGAGCUGCUACAGGGGACGGUUCCAGCUUCUCUACGUGGCUUGUGGGAUGGUCCAUCUUCUGAGCCCUGAGCUCGGUGCCUGCGUGGCCCCCGGAGGACGCCUCAUUGUAGAAUUAGCCCGGUUCCUAGUGGACCUGCGGCAGGAGCAGCUUCAGGGGUUCUCCACCCGGGUCGGGGAGCUAGCACAGGCGGCUGGAUUCGCCCCACAGCCGGGGGCCAGGCGCUCGCAGACCUUCGCGCGCUUCUACAAGGCCGGAGACUCUGCUCCCAGCCACAAGGACCCAGCUGUGGGAUCUGGGACUCCGCCCCCUGAAGUCCUGGCCCCGCCCCCUGAGGCAACCAACCCUCCCCCCGAGGACCUGACCCAGCCCCUUGAAGGCGGGAUCCCACCCUCUGAACCCCUCAAACGGCCUUCAGAGUCUCAGGCUUCACUGUUGGAGGCUUUGGUUCCACCCACAGGGAGUCAGACCCCCAAACCAGAUCUGACUGUACCUCCAGAGACCAACUCCCCAGUCCCUAACUUACUUCUAAAGUCGGGUCCUAGAAUCAGAACGCGCCUCUAG